AUGAGUAGAUACGACGACGGUACGGGGCUAAUAUAUACGUCUAAGUUCGCUUUAAAAAUAGGUUCUAUAAAUACACGUCUUCUAAUAAGCACAAUUUCCCUAAAUCUCGUAAUAAGUUAG